AAAAAAAAGGUGAUGUUUCAAGAUGUCUUAAAAAAUGAUGUGAUAUGGACACAUCUGUGAUUUGUAUGGAUGACACAACCACGGAUUCUGCUAAUGUUGCUGUGAUUUAUGGCCUCAUCCAUAAUGGAAGGAAAUGCUACAUUUCAGAUGGAGGGUGGGAAAUAUAAAAAUAUAACUCUUUUCCCCAUCCAUGUUCACAGACCCCUGGGAUUUUAUCCAUUGACCCCUUGGAGGUGCAUGGGGCCAGGUUACGAUUGCUCCAUGCCCAGCUCUGUGUAGGUGCAGGAGGCAAUUCGCAGACUUAAGUCCCAGGGGAUAGAAGGAGCUUACCGUUGAAGGAAUGAGCCAGGGCAUGUGGCUGGAGCAGGAAAGGCAGUGGUGAGGGCAAGGCUGUGAGAGGGAAAGGCUGGGCUGGUGAGCCCUGACUCAGGCAGCUCCGUGGGCCGGGCUCUGCUGCAGGAGAAAGAGAUGGAGAAGCAGAGGCUCCUGUACCAGCAGGCGCGGCUGCACAACCGGGGCACCGCGGAGAUGGUGCUCCAGAUGAUCAGUGCCUGCAAAGGAGAGACGGGCGCCAUGGUGUCCUCCACCCUGAAGCUGGGAAUCUCCAUCCUAAAUGGAGGCAAUGCCGAUGUGCAGCAGAAAAUGCUGGAUUACCUGAAGGACAAGAAGGAAGUUGGCUUCUUCCAGAGCAUCCAGGCGCUGAUGCAAACCUGCAGGUGGGCUCUAGUGCACAUCUUUAGUGAAGCUGCUUGGUGUGGCUGAGCCCCCAGUCCUCGUACCACCUCCGGUUCCAGGCCUGUUCUCUUGGUUCCAGGAACAGAGACA